UUCAUUUUUCUAUUGACACAGGAAGUUAGUUAUGAGUUGUAACAUUUGUUACUACGAUUGUUCUAGUGAAGAUGGACAUUUUGUUGUUCGGUCUUGAGUGUACGGCAAUAAAGUCCAUUUUACUAUAACUCGGGGUAGUGGUCGGCAUUUCUAAGCCCCUUGCAACGCCUGAACUGAAAGCUCCAGGUAAAAUGUAGGAAUCAGUUGCGUUUUAACGCUUUUCAAUAUUUCUUAGGCAAAAUUAAUUAAAAACAAUUAUAUUGAGCUCGUAUGGGUUAUGGAGACUGUGGAAGUGAUCAGGUUUUAUAUAAAAAGUGGAGUUUUCGGUGACUACAUGGAGUACUUUUUAUAGCACACUGCUGCGUGCAUUAUUAGUGCAAAAGUGUUUUCACUGGAGUGGUUGUACCUCAAAAGCCAUGUAUCUGCUGCUGAUCCUCGCGCUGGUCUGCAUCAGCCAGGGGUUUCCGCAGAAGCCGAACCUGGACGCCAUAUUGAACCGAAGAACUGAUGUCUACAUAGCUGGGUUCUUCCCGUUUGGCAAGGGUGUCGAGAACUCCAACACUGGUCGAGGCGUGAUGCCGAGCGUGAAGCUGGCGCUGGACCACGUCAACGAGCACGACUCCGUGCUCAGGAACUAUCGCCUGCAUAUGUGGUGGAAUGAUACCGAGUGCAAUGCGGCCGUGGGAGUGAAGUCAUUCUUCGACAUGAUGCACAGCGGCCCGCACAAGCUGAUGCUGUUCGGAGCCGCGUGCACGCACGUCACCGACCCCAUCGCCAAGGCCUCCAAGCACUGGCACCUGACGCAGCUGUCGUACGCGGACACCCAUCCGAUGUUCACGAAGGAAGCUUUCCCAAACUUCUUCCGCAUCGUGCCCUCGGAGAACGCCUUCAACCUACCCAGGAUCAGGCUUCUGCAGCAUUUCAAUUGGACAAGAGUUGGAACUAUUUACCAAAAUGAACCUAGAUACGCAUUAGCUCAUAAUCGUUUGCUCGCUGACCUGGACUCCAACGGAUUUCUAAUAGAAGAAACCCAGAGUUUUGCCACUGAGGUGAAGACAGCACUCUCGAAGUUAAAAGAGAAGGAUGUGAGAAUAAUCCUGGGAAACUUCAACGAAACCUGGGCUUUGAAGAUAUUCUGCGAGGCUUACAAUCUAGAGAUGUACGGCCGCGCGUACACCUGGCUCCUGCUGGGCACGUACAGCAACAAGUGGUGGCUGCGCCGGGCGCCCUGCUCCAAGAGGAACCUCACCACCGCGCUGGACACCACCAUCCUGACAGACCUGCUCCCGCUGUCCACCACUGGGGAAACUACCGUGUCUGGUAUUACAGCAAAAGAUUAUCAAGUGGAAUAUGACAGAAGAAGAGGUUUGGAGUAUUCCAGGUUCCAUGGAUAUACUUAUGAUGGUAUAUGGGCGAUGGCAUUGGCGAUACAAACAGUGGCACAACGAGUAAGAUCUAAAUACAAAGAGAAGACCGUGCAGGACUUCAAGUAUCGCGACAAGGAGUGGGAGCAACUGUUUCUGGAUGCUCUCAGCAAUGUUACCUUUGAGGGUGUAACGGGCCCAGUUCGUUUCUAUGAUAACGAGCGCAAGGCGUCGAUUCUGCUGAAGCAGUUCCAAGGUGACGGCACUGGGGAGGUGAAAGUGGGCGAGUACUGCGCUGAGAGGGACCACCUCGACCUGGCCAGUGGGGAGCCCUUCCGAUGGUUUGGAAAGAACCCUCCGAAGGACCGCACGUUGCGCCUGAUCGAGCACACGCAGGUCAACAUCACGAUCUACUCCAUCCUGGUGUCCUGCUCCGUGCUGGGCAUCCUGCUCGCCACCGGCUUUCUCGCCAUGAAUAUACACUACAGGAACCAAAGGUACAUAAAAAUGUCAUCUCCCCACUUGAACAACCUGAUCAUCGUAGGCUGCAUGCUGACGUACCUGAGCGUCAUCUUCCUGGGCCUGGACUCCAGCCUCAGCAGCAUCGCGGCCUUCCCUUACAUCUGCACGGCGCGCGCCUGGCUGCUGAUGGCCGGGUUCAGUCUCGCGUUUGGAGCCAUGUUCUCCAAGACUUGGAGGGUCCACUCCAUCUUCACUGAUGUCAAGCUAAAUAAGAAGGUAAUAAAGGACUACCAGCUGUUCAUGGUGGUGGGAGUGCUGCUGGUCAUCGACCUGGCCAUUAUGACCACGUGGCAGGUCUCCGACCCCUUCUAUCGUGCCACGAAACAGAUGGACCCUUAUCCUCAUCCAACGAGCGAAGACAUCGUGAUAGUCCAGGAGAAUGAGUACUGCCAGUCUGAAAGGAUGACCAUCUUUAUUGGUAUCAUUUAUGCAUACAAGGGCCUCUUGUUGGUGUUCGGCGCGUUCCUGGCGUGGGAGACACGUCACGUAUCGAUCCCGGCGCUCAACGACUCGCAGCACAUCGGCCUGUCCGUGUACAACGUGCUCAUCAUGUGCAUCAUGGGAGCUGCUAUCACACUCGUACUUCAAGACCAUAAAGAUGCGUUAUUCGUAUUGAUCGCCAUCUUCAUCAUAUUCUGCACGACGGGUACGCUGUGUCUCGUCUUCGUACCAAAGCUGCUGGAGCUGCGCCGCAACGGUCCAGGCGGCGCGGGCACGGGCCGCAUCCGCGCCACGCUGCGGCCCGCGUCCACGCACGAGUGCCGCGAGCCGGGGCCCGAGCUGGAGCGCCGCCUCAAGGAGCUGCGCCAGUACAACAACCGCUACCGCCGCACGCUGCAGGCCAAGGAGAACGAACUGCAGAUGCUGCUCAGUAAACUGGGAAGUGACGCCAGCUCGGAGUCAUCCACGACGCGCGACUCUCGGUCUCCAGCCACUCAGAGGACCAGACUGCCCGUACCUAAGGAGAACAUCAGUCAUCCUGAAACAAGUGAUAUAACAUCAGUGUGCAGUUUGAGCGCUUCAGCUGGCGCCGAGGCUGAAUAUAUAAAUCUACAAAACCAAGCACCUAUUGAAAAGCCAAAACCAUCAGCACCCCCAGAGCCUCUGAAAGAUCCGCCUCCUAAAGAGCCAAAGAAAGAACAGACGAAGAACGUGUCUUUCAAGAACCACCUGGACUACACCAGCCCGCCAUCAUCUAAAGCUGUUCCGGAGAAGGACCAACUCGCCAAACUCCCGUAUGGAUGGACCGCUGAGGAACCAUCAGAGCCCCCGAAACCGACAAAAGCUCAGGAACCAGCAAAAGCAGAAGCAAAGACGAUACCAGCUCUGAAGACCAGCGACACACCAACAGCUAAGUCCAUGCCAGCGAAGGUCCAGGAACCCAUGUACACAAAGGCAGCGACACCGAAGGUUGUCAAGAGUAAAGAUCCUCCUGAGCCUCACAAAUGCGUCAAAGCUCCAGAACCGACGAGAGUCGAAGUUAAGGCAUAUUCUGGUCUGAAGAACGGUGACGCACCUAGUGCCAGGCACGUGCCUGCCAAGAUACAGGAGCCUUUGUAUGCUAAGGCCGCACCAAAAGUUAAUAAGACGCCAGAACUUCAGAAGAAGGUACUAAAAUCACAAGACUCAUUGUCAACGAAGACGACGCCCUCAAGAGAGCACAAACCUCCUGCGAGGGGUCACCGCCGGAUGUCCAGCGUGAGCCAGGCGGCGCUGCUGACAGACCUGAUGCAUGUCUCCGUGGACAAGGAUGAUAUGGAACCUCCUCCUGGUCUAGAAAGAAAAGUUAUAGGUCAAGAAAGAGAUCCAGUUCCUAUAAUAAAAUCUAAACAGGAACCAGAAGAUAUUUUAGACAUCGAUGAUUAUUCUUCAACGGAAAGAAGAAAAUCAUGUCAAAGGAGAGACUCGGAGAAGAGGAAGAAAGAAUUUAUAGUGGUCCAAAGCGACUUAUGGGACACGAAUACUUUCCAGUAUACCUGUCAGAAGUCGCCGCCAGCAGCUGGUCAUCAUCAUUCUCCAAUGCAGAGGAGUGUGUCGGAGAAGAGCAGACAGUCUCAAUCUUCGCCUCACCAUCACAGGGAAACCGACACAAGAAGUAUGGAAAGAAGAGCUUCAAACGCUUCUAUAAAUUAUGCAGGCACUGGCACUGGAACAAGAGGUGGCACGCCUGAAGGUUACCGGGAAGCAGAAACACUAAGAAUGACUGAUAGGUUAUCAAAGCGCCGAGGGUCAGAGUUCCCGCAACCUGUAAGCACACCACCACAGCAGACGCAAGUCAAGCGAAGACAAUCAGCAGCCCAAGUCAGGUCCUAUCAAGAAGAGAGGAUAGAAGAACGAAACAAAACUAAAACUGAAUCCACUCCUCGGAGGCACGACGACAUACCUCGAAAGCCUCUUCCUGAACCAGUUCCAGAAGCAGAUUCCUGGAAACCAGACCCUGAUACCAUUAGAGUCUCGAAGAACCAGGAGUCUCCAGCGAAAAGGCUGAGGCAGGAGGCGGAGCCCCUCAAGAGGGCGAAGGGUGUGGGAGACUCUCCAAGACUGACGCAGGCCAGCCACACACCAAGACCUGAUCACCACAAGAGCAGUCCUAAUGUUGCGUCGAGGCACAAAACUGAUUCACCAAAUAAACGGGAGGAUCGGAAGUCGGCGACAUACAGAUCAGACUCAAAGCGUCAAGAUUCAGUAGACCAGCGUAAGAUGUACACGGCGAGCUCGGAAUCCGAACUCUUUGAGUGCGCCAUCUUGCCUAUCUUCCACAAACUCCUCACGGAGCGCCACAAGAGCCAGCCGCACGGACUGAACCUCAGCUACGGAGUCAGCUGUCCCAAUAUCUCGAUCAAAUGCGAUAUAGUUGAAUAUUUGUAAGAAUCGGUGUCUUAGAUUUGCUCAGGAUGAGGUUACACGCGCGCUAGUACAAAGUCUAACUACAAUCCAACAAGUUUAUAAAACGAAUCUAUCACUCAAUAGUUAUGCUAACCUAAAAUAUUUUGCGAAAUCAUUUUCUAAAAGUGAUUUUUGUAAAUACACAUUAAAUACUGAAGAAAGUAUUUAGUAUAAAAUAUCGAAGUAUCUAGAUAGUAUUAACUGCAAUAACGAAGUAAAAAUGUAGUUAUAAAUUAUCUAUUUUUCCCCAAAAACAGAUGCGUUUUAUAAACUUCCCGCCAAACAAAGUAAUAGAGUAGCUACUAGAAUAAAUACCUGUUCCUAUUCUAUUAUUUCUAUACUACUGGAGCAGUGAAACAUAUUAUUAACUGCUAGUGAUUGUUUGUGCAAAUGACGAUAUUGUUUAGAAUGUUUAGAGAAAUGUAUUUAACGAUACAGGCCUCAAAAUUUCUAUUAUUUAUGUGUUGUUAUUGGUGUUACAGAAUGUAGUAAAAAUUCUAAAUAAUUUAGAUAAAUAAUACAAUCAUCGACAAGUUCGCUCACGGGUCUAUAUUGUAAUAAUGUAAAAUAUCGAAAGUAUUAAAUUUUAACAUCGAAUAAGUGUAAAAAGAUUUAGUAAAAUCGCACAGGAUCUGUUUACGCACAGCAAUGGUAACCCACUGUUGGGCAAACUUUCCAUAUAUUUUAUUUGUGAUAUACCUAGUCAAAUUAGUUGUUAGAUUUAAUGUGUUCAGUUGUUUAUAAAUUUUAUCUAAUUUGUAGGAAUUUGUAGAAAUAAAGUCGGCAACACCAUCAGUUGUUCAAUUUACGACCUACGUGUUUAUGUUCUCUCUGCAUACCGACUGUUCUAUCAUUUUUUCUAAUGUA